AGUAUUAUCAGAGUCUGUAUCUGCUCCUCUAUGGCUCUGUAACUCCUCAUGUUUGGUUCAGAUGAAGCUCAGGCAGCAGUGCGAGUGUCUCCACAGCCGUGGCUCACUGAAGGACACUCGGUGACUCUGAUCUGUGAGGUUCCAGGCUCCUCUACAGGCUGGACGUUCAGCUGGUUCAGAGAUGCUGAUCAUCUGUCAGACAGCAGCAGAGGAGCUGGAGGCUCUUACACUCUCAGUCCUGCUGCUCUACAGCACACAGGAGUUUAUACGUGCAGAGCAGAGAGAGGAGAACCAGCCUAUUCCUCACAGAACAGCAGCGCACAGCCACUGUGGGUCACUGGUGUUUCUGCUUCAGUGCGUCUGGUGCUCAGGCCCAGCAGAAGUCAACACUUCUCCUCUGACUCUCUCUCUCUGAGCUGUGACUCUGCUGGAUGGACAGUGAGAAGAUACACACACACAAACACACAAGAUUGUUCAGCACAAACAGGAUCUAAAUGUGGAAUCCAGUCUCUCAGCACAUCUGACACUGGAGUUUACUGGUGUGAGUCUGAAUCUGGAGAGAAACGCCAUCCUCUGAACAUCACUGUACAUGAUGGUGCUGUGAUUCUGGAGAGUUCUGCUGAUCCUGUGAUUGAGGGAGAAACUCUGACUCUACACUGUUUACAUCGAUCUACAAUCUCCUCCAUCCUUACAGCUGAUUUCUAUAAAGACGGAUCACUGAUCCAGAAUCAGACAGGAGAGAUGAGCAUCCCUACUGUCUCAAAGUCUGAUGAGGGUUUCUACUACUGUAAAACAGAGAGCAGAGAGUCACCACACAGCUGGAUCUCAGUCAGAGAUUUAGCAGCUCAGAUUUCUGCCUGUAAGAUUGUCAGUUUUCUUCUGACUGUUUGUCCGUAUCUGUCAGCGACAGUCGUGCUGCUCUUCAAGAUCUACAAAGCAAGAGCUCAAUCUGCUGAAGAGCAAAGUCAGAUUGCUGUAGCAGAGGAAUAA